AUGGAGCCUGAGCUGAACUGCAGCUCCCAGUGUGAGUCCCAGUUUUGCUUCAUCCAGCCAGGAGUCAGCAAACAGGACGGCCUUGACGUUCUGCAGAGACUAUGCAGUGUCAGCAUGAUAUGGCUACUGCUGGCAGUGUGCUAUCCAAGGAGCAGCUCCUUUGCCCCAUCUGUCUGGAUUUGUUCAACCAGCCAGUCUCUACUCCGUGUGGGCACAACUUCUGCAAGGAGUGUUUACAAAGAUACUGGCAGAGCUCUAACAUACCUCAGUGUCCCAUGUGCAAGCACAAGUUGUACAUGAGGCCUGACCUCAAAGUUAACACCUUCAUAUCUGAGGUGGCUUCUCAGUUCAAGGAGUUGGUGGAAAAUAAAAAUGAAAAUGAGAGCAGUACUACGGAUCAGUCAGAGGGCCAUAAAGCAGAGGUUUCAUGUGAUGUAUGCAUUGGAAAAAGAGUCAGAGCUCUUAAAUCCUGUCUGGACUGUUUGGCCUCAUUUUGUGAGACUCAUCUGGAGCCCCAUUAUGUUUUAGGCACCUUCAAGAAACACCACUUGAUCAAGCCCAUGAUGAACAUGCAAGACAGAGUAUGUAAGAAGCACGAAAAACUGCUUGACUCGUUCUGUAACACCGACCAGCUGUACGUGUGCCAGAUCUGCAUUAAGAAAGACCACACGGCUCAUCACACUGUUCUUAUAGAGGAUGAGAGCAGGGACAGGAGGGCUCAGAUUGGAGGCACAAAAAAAGAGGCGGGAGAGAUGAUCCAUCGCCGACUGCAGAAAAUCUGUGACAUCAACAAACUCAUUCAGCUCAGCAGAAGAAACACAGAAAGAGAGAGUGAAGAGAGUUUGCAAGUCUUCAACAAGCUGCUCCAGAUUGUCCAGAGAGGCCAAGCUGAAGUGGCUGAGGUCAUUGGUGUGAAGCAGAAGCAAGUAGAAAGUAUGGCCAGCAGGCUUAUCUUGGAGUUGGAGCAGGAGAUCGAUCAGCUGAGGCACUGGAGUGAUGAACUGGAGCAGCUCUCAUUCACUGAUGAUGAUCUCUACCUUCUCCAGUGUUUUCCAGCUUUCUCCGCAAUGCCAGCCACCAAAGAGUGGUCCAACACCUGCGUAGACAGUGCUGAAUAUGUGGGCAUAGUGAGGAGAGCAGUAAGGAGAGUAAUGUGUCAGCUGGAGGAGAUCGCAAAAGCCGAGGUGAAGAUGCUUUGUGAGACUGAAUUUCAGAGGGCUCACCAAUAUGCUGUGGAUGUGCAUUUGGAUCCCGAUACGGCUCAUCCUAAGCUGGUUCUGUCUGAAAACAAGAAGCAGGUCUAUCAUGGUGAUGUAUCCCUCAGCCUCCCUGACAACCCAGAGAGGCGCCCGCUCUCCCCGGUGCUUACUGCUGUGGUGUGGACGCUCCUCUCCUGUGGGAUCCUGUUGGCAUUUUGCUUCCUCCUUUUCACCUUGCGCUUCAAAAACAACAGGAUAGUAAAGAUGUCCAGCCCAAACCUGAAUGCCCUGACUCUCUUUGGGAGCGUCCUCACUUAUAGCAGCGGUUUCCUGUUUGCCAUUGAUGAAGGUGGAGCAUCUAUAGCUGUGCUACAAGCUCGCAUGUGGACGCUGUGUGUUGGCAGUACCCUGGUGUUUGGCCCAAUUUUGGGGAAGACAUGGAGACUGUACAGGGUCUUCACACAGCGAGUGCCUGACAAGAGAGUGAUAAUCAGAGACAUCCAGCUGAUGGGUAUGGUGGCUCUGUUGAUCUUGGUGGACAUGCUGAUUCUCACUGCCUGGAACCUCACAGACCCCAUCAGGUGCUCACGAUCUGCGGGAGCUGUUGUCAAGGUGAUGGAGAGAGAUGUUUCCUACUCAUUGUCUCAGCUCUAUUCUUGUUCUUCUUUGUACUCAAAUCUGUGGGUCAUUAUUAUUGCUAUCCAAAAGGGUUGUCUUUUCCUCUAUGGCACUUAUCUAGCGGGACUGACCAGCAAUGUCAGCCAUCCCCCAGUCAACCAGUCUCCUACAAUCAUAACAAGUGUGACUUUGGUCACCUGCUCCUCGGCUGUUGCCGUCCCUGUGUCCAUCUUCCUGCAGACUUGGCCCAACUUGGUCUACAGUACUGUGGCUGGAGCCAUCUUCAUCUGCACACUGGCUACAAACUGCAUGCUGUUUGUGCCUCAGCUGACCCAGUGGCGGCAGUUUGAAGAGGAUCAGAACAAUCCAAGUCAGAUGGCCAAGUAUUUCAGCAGCCCCAGUAAGAGUCAGCCAUCUGUGUACAGUCAGGAUGAGAUCUUCUACCUGCUUGGGGAAAACAACUCCAUGAAAAAACUGCUUAAUGAGAAGAAUGCCGUGAUCGACAGUCUUCAGGAACAGGUGAACAACGCCAAGGAUAAACUACUGCGACUCAUGUCAGCGAGCCAGCACCCUGACGACCAGGACACGGACUCCUCUGCCACUAACCUCAACUCCUCCUCCACUCACACCACCGAGCUCCAGUCUGAAGGCCCCUCUUCUUGGUCUCAGAAUGACACUAAAUCAGCACUCUCGCCCCCUGCGCUCUCCCCUCACCUCACUGUUGCUCACCUCACCGGUUCAUUAUCUGCUGUUACACCAUCCUCUGAGCCUUCCUCUGUUCCAAACUCCUCAGCUCCCAUUUCUGUUUCCUCCCCUCUCCCCACCAAGAUUCCUGCUUGUGAAACCCAGAACGAUGAAUCUGCUCUCAAACAGGACGUGUCCCUCCCAGUUAUGAGUUUACUCAGGACAGCAGAUGAGACAGUUCAGUUUGUCACCGCCCUACAGUCCCGACGAGGGCUAAACCCCUCUAAAGUUGAAACUUUUGGUAGUCAUACGGACCUAACUCUUCAGCUGGGACCAAACACCAAACCAGCUAGCUUUAUUAGCAGUGAGCAGUUGCAGGAGAUCCUUCAGGAACUGAGCAUGGAUGCAGUUAUGGAAACCACACUUCGAUCUCCCGGUCAGGUCCCUAGGAUACCUUCUCAGCAAAAACUGAGCAGAGACUCCAUCCUCUCACCUCUUUCCCCACGGACACCCUGCUCCCCUCCUCCACCUGCGCUCUUUCGCUACCCUAGCAUCUCCCCUUACACCAUGAGAAAACGUCGACGGCUCCUUCACUCCUCCAGAGGAGGUUUAGCCGCUCCCUGCUUCUACACAGGUUCUGAGAAUCCUGGCUACAGGAGGACAAGAGACACCUGUGAACUCCAAAAUCCAGACGAUAUCACUGUGGAUGAUAACUGUCUCCCAGUUCAAAACAGUGACCUUGAAGUGGAAAAGGAAGGGGAGGACGCAGAAGGGCAUGAAGUAAUACGAACAUGUCAAAGAUGUGUUUCAAGGCUCCGGAGAUGUUCGGUCUUGCAUCGUGAAGAACAAAACCACACAUCUCCAGAAGAUGUGGGAACAGGCGGUGAUAACGAGCAGCACCGUAGACACAUUCGAGAUUCCUGUGGGUACUCGGACUCAGACUCUAGCAGCUCAACAGAUUACUGCUACUACCACCGUCCUUACUGUGACUCUUGCCUGCAGCGAGGCUCACUCCUGUACUCAGACAGCUCCUCAGAGUCCUCUGACAGCGAGUAUGACGGCUAUAUGAGCCUCUACCGCUCCCCACGACCUGUGGUGUUCAAAGAAGACCUCAAACCCACCUUUGUAUGACCACAUUUACUGCACUUUACACAUUUAUCAACUUGAAUUAAUGUUCUUUAAAAGGUUGCUAAAAGCUAAUAUAGUUGUGUGACAGGAGGACAUUUGAUAGUAGCUUACAAGAUAGGAAUUUUGCAUCCCAGAGGUUGAUGUUUUUGAAUUUUGCAUCAUGGGUCACAGUGCUUCCUUUAUGAGACUAAAACUUUUGUAGCUCAAAAACACAUGAUGCUGUUUACUUUUUAUAGUUACUUGUGGCAUUAUUUGCAUUAUUACUUCUACUGUUUGAUGAAAACCUUUGACAUUUACAGUACUGUGCAAAAAUCUUGAGUCACCCUUCAUUUAUUUAUAUUUUGCUUCCUUGUAAUUUUUAAAAGUGGUCUGUAGCAAUAUUUCUCCAGUUCUUUAUGAAAGGAGGUUUUUCCUUUGGACACUUGCUGCUCCAGUACUUGUACCUCACUAUUUUCAGAGGAAUCUUUGGUUGGUUGGUUUCUUGUUGAACUACUUAACACUGACCUAUGAAUCAUUCAAACAUAAAAAAGACACCUGAAAGGACAAACUAGUGUGCCUAGAAAUAACUGGUAACUUAGCAAAUAAUCCAUUUUAAAUGGUAUCUUUAGGCUCUUUGUUACUAGCAGCC